AUGAAGGCGAAUGAAAAAGCAUUUGGCUUUGCUUUAGUGAGCACACUCACAUUACCUCAUUCCAGACACAAAGCAAAUAAAAUUUAUCAAAGAAGCACUUAUCAUUGGGAAUUGCGAAGGCUUCAAGUGCCUCAAAUCUUGUAUCUGCAUGAUAAAAAUAAAUUAAUUGAAUUUGAUUAA